AUGAGCUUCGCCUACAUGACGGCGCUCGAACUCAAGGGCCUGCUGGCGGAACGCAGCAUCUCGCCGGUGGAGCUGGUCGAGGACACGCUCAGCCGGCAAGACGCGCUGGAGCCGCAGAUCAACGCCUUCGUCAACCGCACGCCCGAGCAGGCGCUCGCCGCGGCGCGCGAGGCGGAGCGCGCGAUUGCCGCAGGCGAGGGGGGUGCGAUUGCGGGCCUUCCGGUCUCGGUCAAGGAUCUGGUGCCGGUCGCGGGCGUGCCCUGGACCUUCGGCUCCCGGCCCUUCGCGGACAACGUGGUCGACUUCGAUGCGCCGUCGGUGGAGCGGAUCAGGCAAGCCGGCGGCUGCAUUAUCGGAAAGUCCACCACAAGCGAGUUCGGCUGCAAGGCGGUCUGCGACAGCCCGCUCAGCGGGAUCACCCGCAAUCCAUGGGACCUGACGAAGACGUCCGGCGGCUCCAGUGGAGGCGCGGGCGCGAGCGUCGCGGCCGGCCUCACGCCGUUCGCGCUCGGCACCGAUGGCGGCGGCUCCGUGCGCAUCCCGUCUGCGCUCUGCGGCCUCUUCGGCAUCAAGGCGCAGUUCGGCCGGGUGCCGAUCUUCCCGGUCUCGGCAGCGCCGACCCUCGCCCACGUGGGGUCGAUCGCGCGCACGGUGCGGGAUGCCGCGCUCCUGCUCGGUGUCAUGGCGGGCCACGACCGGCGCGAUGCCUUCGGCGUCGCCGAGCCCACGCCGGAUUUCCUCGCCGCCUGCGAUGCGGGCGCGGAGGGCUUGCGCAUCGCCUGGAGCCCGACCCUUGGCUACGCGCAGCCCGAGCCUGAGGUCGCGGCGCUUGUGCGAGGCUGCCGCCAGGCGCUUCGAGGCGCUGGGCUGCACCGUCGAGCUGGUCGAGGACGCCCUCGGCACGACCCGGUCGAGCUCUGGAUGGCGGAGUUCUACGGCGGCAUCGGCACCAAGCUGAAGGACCUGAUGGCCGAGCGGCCGGAUGAGCUGGAUCCGGCCGUGGUGGCGACGCUCAGCGCCGGGCUCGACCGCUCGAUGGUGGAAUUCUUCACCCAGGUCUUCGCCCGCUACGAGUUUCGCGAGCAAAUGCGCCAGCUCUUCGAGCGUUACGACCUGCUGCUCUCGCCGACGUUGCCUUGCGCCGCCUUCGACGUGGGCCACGACACGCCGCCGGGGCUGGGGGCCCGCAACAUCGUCUCCUGGGUCUACUACACCUAUCCUUUCAACCUGACCGGCCAGCCGGCGGCUUCGAUCCCGGCGGGCUUCACCGCUUCGGGUCUGCCGGUCGGCCUGCAGAUGGUGGCCGGGAUCAACCGUGAGGUGGACAUCCUGCGCGCCGCCGCGGCGUUCGAAGAGGCGGCGCCCUGGGCAGACCGGCGUCCGCCUCUCGCCUAG